CUCAGAGACGCACUGGUACUGGUCGUACUGUACUGUACACGUGUGGUUACCAGUGGUUGAUGUUGUUUGGAAGUUUUCGGAGGGAGUACUAAAGAUGGAUCAGAACAAGUCUGCUCAGCCAGCCGAAAAGAAAUCGAGGAAGGAGAACGCAAUGACGCUAGAGGCCAUUCGCUACAAGGGGAGGAGGUUGGAGAUCUUGAACCAGAAGAAGCUCCCUCUUGAGACGGUUUAUGAACAGGUCACAUCGACCGAGGAUGGCUGGCAUGCCAUCAGAGAAAUGAAGGUUAGGGGAGCUCCUGCGAUAGCAAUUGUCGGAUCUUUGUCUCUUGCUGUUGAGCUUAGCGGUAUGUCCUUUGAGAGCAAGUCCGAGCUGGUAACCUUUAUCUGUAAACAAUUCAGAUACCUCAACACGGCCAGGCCUACUGCAGUGAAUAUGUCUGAGGCUGUAAAAAGGUUCACCAGUCUUGCAGAAGAGCUGGGCAGUGAUUCUGAGACAACGAUAGAGUCAUUAAAGGACAGAAUAAUAGAAGAGGCUGAAAACAUGCUUGAGACUGAUGUGCAGACCAAUAAGAGCAUUGGCAUGCAUGGAGCGGACCAUUUGAUAAGUUCAUCUGGGGAUGGACAGGUUGUGAUGACCCAUUGUAACACAGGAUCCCUCGCUACAGCUGGCUAUGGUACAGCUUUAGGCGUUAUUCGCGCUCUUCAUGAAAGAGGAAAGUUGGAACACGUCUACUGCACCGAGACACGCCCGUACAACCAGGGAGCACGUCUAACCGCUUAUGAGCUCGUGUAUGAAGACAUCCCAGCUUCACUUAUUACAGACAGCAUGGCUUCAUUUUGUAUGCUCAAGAAAGGCGUCACAGCCGUUGUCGUUGGUGCUGACAGGGUCGUUGCUAAUGGCGACACUGCAAACAAAAUCGGGACCUACCAGCUUGCCAUAGCGGCCCGACAUCACAACGUUCCCUUCUAUGUCGCUUCCCCCGUGACCUCAUGUGACCUCAGUUUGACGUCUGGGGAUGAGAUCGUAAUUGAAGAGCGUCCUGAGGGGGAGUUGACGAAGAUCAACGGCAUACAGAUUGCCGCUCCAGGUAUCUCUGGAUGGAACCCUGCCUUUGACGUGACUCCUGCUGACCUGAUUACUGGAAUUAUCACCGAGCAUGGUGUCUUUAAACCUAAGGAACUAAAGGAAAAACUGACUCAACUUUCCUCAACAUCAUAAUAUUGAGCACGGUGUCUUCAGAGCAAACCAACUACAGGGAAAACUUAUCUUUCCUCAACAUCAUAAUAUUGAGCAUGGUGUCUUCAAUGAAAACGUGACGUGACUCCGGCUGACCUUAUUACUGGAAUUAUCACCGAGCAUGGUGUCUUUAAACCUAAGGAACUAAAGGAAAAACUGACUCAACUUUCGUCAGCUUCAUAGUAUUGAGCAUGGUGUCUUCAAAAGAAAAGAACAAAAGGGAACAAGUUACUUAUCUUUCCUCAUCAUCAUAGUAUUGAGCAUGGUGUCUUCAGAGCAAACCAACUAGAGGAAAAACUGACUCAACUUUCCUCACAUCAUAGUAUUUAGCAUGGUGUCUUCAAACCAAAUGAACUAAAGGAAAAACUGACAAAACUUUCCUCAACAUCAUAGCAUUGAGCAUGGUGUCUUCAAAUGAGAAGAUAUAGAAGAAAAAAUAGAAGUUUGUUCUGUGGCCUAAUAUUAAAGGUAAACUAACAACUUUCUUAUUGUUUUGGUACGGAGAAUCAUGCAGGGAAAUAUUAAAGAAAAACUAAUCAAACACACAUCAUUGUCAAUGUUUUUUUUUUCAAACAAAACAAACUAAAGAAAGAAAAAAGCAGUCUUUAUUUAAACAGUAUGGACCGUGAUGUUGUUAAAAGAAUGAACUGAAAUAAAAGCGGACACAGCUUUCCUCAUUGCAGUACUACAGAUAUAGAUAUCUUCAGACAAAAUGACUUCAGGGAGAAAAAAAAACAUGCAAAUUUCCUUGUUUACUCUGUAUUCGUCAUGGUUUCUCCAAAUGAAAAAAAAAGUUUUAUUUUUUUUUAUUUUCAUAGUAUUAAAGUAGCAUUUUGCAUUAAAACCAGUUUUCUAAACAAAUUCUUAACGUGCCAUGAACACAUAUCUGUGCAUCCACUGGAGUGCCACAAACACAUUUUCGUACAAUGGUCAUACAGCUAUUGUUAUGCCUAUUGCAUUUUGAGGAGUGCAUUGCUUGCAUGAGUGAUUUCAUUGUUCAGUUCAACUUAUGGUCAAGAGGUUUAACAUUAUUGUCUCGGGAGUGAUUCCCUUUUUUAUGAAUAAAACAAAGAUAGACUCUUUAAAAAAAAAGCACUCGCUGAUUACAGUGAAUGGCACAUUAAGAGUUAAAAUGCCCUUGUCAGCAUACACAAAUUCAUUGCCUAAGGAUGUUCUGCAACGAUGCAGUCUGCAAAAAUGUUUUUCUUAGGGUGUUCUUGCACCGACACAACGCUUUGUAAGUAGGCCCAGUUUUGCAGACUAGUUGUACAGUAACAGGAUUUGCGAAAGAUGUUGGGAAACGGACUGAUGUAGCGGCAGAUGUGGUUCCAUCGGUGGGGCAGGUAUCGUUCUUUACGGCAGCUAUCGUUAAGAACCAUAUCUGCCGCGUUGACGUGGUUUAAUUUUCCUAUUACUCAUUUUCCUAUUAAAAUAGAUGAAUAAACAUGGUAGGUCCUAUAUAAUUUUGAAUUUCGGGAAACGAUAGCAAGAACGAUACCUGCCGAAGAGAAAUUGGUUCUGAAUCCGCUGAAGUUGGAACACGAUCCGCUGGCAGAUAGUGUUCCUAGAACCGUGUCGGCCUAGCACCGGAUCCGCCGCUACACCGGUCCUUUUACUCCAGAGAUUCCUAUAAAUUAUUGGAAGCCUAGGGUAUCAUGAAGAGGAAAUAGUGACAAUGUCUGGUAUUCCCAUAGCAUCAAUCCAGUUGACGCUUGGUAAUCUAUGGAGUGCCACUCACGGAUGCUACAUUUGAGACUCGAUGGCUGGAAUACAAAAAGAUGGUUUUGAAAACCAUUUUGAACCCAUGGUUUAUGCAGGUUUCCUGUAUGAAAUAUGCCUAAAUGUCCAAUGGUGAUGCAUGCGUUUGUCAAUGGCGCAAAAUUGAUGCCUGUUGCCAUGGUAAAGCACGCUAUUUUAUUCAUGAGUCCACUGUUUUGAAUUAAUUAGUCCAGUCUUCAAACAGACGACUCGUGAAUAAAAAAAGUUAUUCAGAAAAUCUGCAUAAACCAUGGGUUCAACCGAUGGUUUUAAAACCACCUUUGUGAAUUUGUGCCAAUGAAUUCAGACUUCAUCAUCAUAUUUUCAGCCAUAAAAACACUUUUUUGUGUGUAGAAAUUAUAAUUGAUUUUCCCACUUUUUAAAUCAAUUCUUAGUGGCAUCACUACUCAUUAAAGUGAUUGGUUAACAUUGGUUUGACUUUUAAAAAAUCUGAGCUAGAAGGUCACACUUGUCAUUUGUGUCUGUGAUAUGUUACAAAAAUGAAGCCCAGAAAAAAUUGCGUUCGAAAAUAAUUAUUUAGUGCUUCAAAAAUUGAAAUAUAAAGUGACCGAAAACACCAUCUUAAUUUCAUCCAUACACUUAUGUGUACUAUUUAGGCGUCUAUAAGACGCCUAUAUACAAAAUCGGGGUUUGCCUUGUAGUUUUAGCUUUUCAUUCUCAAUAAUGGUUGUUUUCAGGGUUUAUUAGUUCUAAUACAUGCACUUGUACACAUGUUUCAUCUUGGUUUGAGAAUUUUUUAAAUCGGCUGCUCACAAAGUUGAACAAUACCUUUAACCAAAAAAUGUGAAAUUGUUUUGGAUUAUUUUUAAAGAUUUUCUGAAACUCCAAUUGGCAUUUGAUACAAGGAAAUAAAUAUUUUUGCCAAAACAUGAAACCAAUUAGUUUUUGCUUGUAUAAUGCACUUCCUUGAUAUGACACUUUUUUCAAGUGAAAGUCUGGUAAAAACACACACACACAUACAGUUGAGGCCAAAAGUUUACACACACCCAUGGAAUUCAGUGGAAUUUGUUUGCUUGUCAAACAUUGCAAAAUUUACUAUAUCUUCAGAAAUAUAAAUACUACCAUGACAAAUUCGGUAUCAAAUAAAAGACGGUAUUGAGCUCUUUCACAUGAUGGAGAUGCCGUUGGGAUUAAAGUUUAUUUCAGGUGGAAUUUUCUUUUAAAAAGUAAUAUUUGUGCAAAAUGUAUUCUAUUGUUUGUUAUAUUUUCAAACAUUGAUAGAAAUAUAGAAAUGUCAAAUCCAUGAUCUAUAUUACAUUUUCUAUCAUUAUGUCACCACUGACCAAAAAAUUGUGAGCUGAAAUGUUUGUGUUGAGAAGUAACUAGCACAAAUAUGAGUUUUUUUGUAAAGUUUUUACUUUUAAUUUGUCUAAAAUAUGAAGAUUUUCUGGGGAAAAAAGACACCUGAAUAUUUUUCAGACCCUGAUGACAAAGCAAUUUGAUGAAGGGGCAUGACAUACUCACUUGUUUAAUAUCAAAUUUGUCAUAAUAGCACAAUUUUUUUUAUAAGAUACAGUAAAUUUUAUGGUGUUUGGCAAGUGUCAACUUUUCUUUGUAUUUCCUGGUUGUAAGUAAACAUCUGACCUCAACUGUAUAUAUAAAUAUUUUAUUUAAUUUAUAAUGUGUGCUUUGAUUGAUAUCUAGGCCUCCAGCACUACAAUGUUGCAAAUAUACAGCCAGACUUCAGUUUUGCAGCUCUGGUGUUAUCAUAUCCCAGUAUUCCAUAUAUUAUAUGUAUAUCUAUAUUUCAACAUUUCAGUGUGUAUCUGUUAUGUGUUCGUAGUAAGUGGUAAAAUGAUAGUUGAUACAUAAACUUGCAUGAGUUGAUACCAUUUGGGUAUGCAUGUAAAUGGGGUUAUUUUUAAUUGGUCUAAUACCAAAUCGUCCAAUCACCAACUCGUCUAAUAUUAUUUGGUCUACCAUCAGUUCGUCCACUAUCCACAUGGUGUAAUUGCCAUUUCGUCCACUUACCA